UGUUCCGUGAAUUGUGUGCGUCCCUUUCAUCAGCGUUUUCGAUAGUGAUUUCUUUUCCCGGAAAACAGCAAAUAUAUUUGAUAAAAGCCCAUAAAAAGUGUUGCAUGAUGAACACACUGGGCCCCAAGAAGGACGGAAGUCCGAAUAUUGACUUCUUUCAGUCGUCAGAGACGCUGCAGGGCUUUGAAUCAAUAAGGCAAUGGCUGCAAAAGAAUUGUAAAAAGUACCUGGCGCACAGCUCGGAGCCCAUUACCAAGGAGUCCCUGGCCCAAUUGCUGAUACAAUUUCUGCAAUAUGUGGAGGCGAAACUUGGCAAAAACUCGGCCGAGCCACCGGCGACCAGAAUUCCGAUGCGUUGCUUUCUGGACUUUAAGAAUGGCGGAGGUCUGUGCAUCAUCUUCUCCACGAUGUUCCGGUUCCGCGCGGAGCAGCGGGGAAAGAAGUUUGACUUUUCCAUUGGAAAGAAUCCCACGAGGAAGGAUCCCAACAUUCAGCUGCUGAUCGAGAUCGAGCAGGCUCUGGUAGAGGCGGACCUAUACCGCAUACCCUACAUCUAUAUAAGGCCGGAGAUCGAGAAGGGCUUCGAGGGGCGGCUGCGCGAGAUUCUCGACAAUCGGCGUGUGGAAAUCGUCACCGACGAGGAGGAUGCCACGCACAUUGUCUAUCCCAUUGUGGAUCCGCAUCCGGACGAGUAUGCGCGUCCUAUUUUCAAGCGUGGCAGCCAUGUGAUGCUGCAUUGGUACUACUUUCCCGAGUCCUAUGACUCGUGGACGGUCAACAGCUUCGAUUUGCCGGAGAAUAUUCCCGAGAAUCCGGAAUCGCCGGCAGAGAGGUGGCGCGUGUCGGCCUCAUGGAUACUCGACUUGGAGCAGUACAACGAAUGGAUGGCCGAGGAGGACUAUGAGGUGGAUGAGCAGGGCAAGAAGAAGACGCACAAGCAGCGCAUGUCCAUCGAUGACAUCAUGUCGUUUGGCGACGAAAAGAAGAAGCCCAGCACCAGCACUGGCAAGCAGAAGCGACGUCGCUCGCCCUCGCCCACAACAUCCACAUCGAAGCCCGGCAAGCGCAAGCGUUCCCCGGCUGUCAUCCACAAGAAAACCCGAAACGAUGAGGAAGAUGAAGAUCUGACGCGGGAUCUGGACGAUCCGCCGGCCGAGCCAAAUGUUCAAGAGGUGCACAAGGCCAGUACGGCCCUGCAAUCGACAUCCAGUCCGGCACCAGGUAGCAAAUCACGCGGCGACAACGAUAUGAUGCCCAUCAAGGGUGGAACAAUGACGGAUCUGGACGAUGAGAUGACUGGGGGAAGCGCUGCCCAGGCACUGUCCACUGGCGAUGGCGACAACUCUCAGACGGGCAAGACGAGCGACAACAGCAACACUCAGGAGUUCUCCUCGUCGGCCAAGGAGGAUAUGGAGGAUAAUGUGACCGAGCAGACACAUCACAUUAUUGUGCCCUCGUAUUCGGCAUGGUUUGACUACAACUCCAUCCAUGUGAUCGAGAAACGCGCCAUGCCGGAGUUCUUCAACAGCAAAAACAAAUCGAAGACCCCAGAGAUCUACAUGGCCUAUAGAAACUUUAUGAUAGAUACCUACAGACUCAAUCCCACGGAGUACUUGACCAGCACCGCCUGCAGGCGGAACCUGGCGGGAGAUGUGUGCGCCAUUAUGCGUGUGCAUGCCUUUCUGGAGCAGUGGGGAUUGAUUAACUACCAGAUCGAUGCCGAUCUGCGUCCCACGCCCAUGGGACCGCCGCCUACCUCGCAUUUCCAUAUAUUGUCGGACACACCCUCGGGCCUGCAGGCCAUUAAUCCGCAGAAAACUCAGCAGCCAUCGGCCGCCAAGACGCUGUUGGAUCUCGACAAGAAGCCGCUGGGCAAGGAUGGUAGCUUGGAGAGCCUGGGCGGCGAUAAGAGCGGCACACUUGGCGCCAUCAAGACGGAGGCACUGGAGAAUGGAGCCCCCAGUGGACUGAGCUCUGGCGUGAGCCAAUUCGGGUUGAAGUUGGAUCAGUAUGCCAAGAAACCGUCUGCCAUGAGGAACCGCACGGCGGCCAGUAUGGCCAGGGAGUGGACCGACCAGGAGACACUGCUCCUGCUGGAGGGCCUCGAGAUGCACAAGGAUGACUGGAAUAAGGUGUGCGAACAUGUGGGUACUCGCACCCAGGACGAGUGCAUUUUGCAUUUCCUGCGGUUGCCCAUCGAGGAUCCCUAUCUGGAGGAUGAUGGCGGCUUCCUGGGACCCCUGGGCUGCCAACCCAUUCCGUUUAGCAAGAGCGGCAAUCCCAUUAUGUCGACGGUGGCAUUCUUGGCCUCUGUGGUGGAUCCCCGGGUGGCCGCCGCCGCCGCAAAGGCAGCCAUGGAGGAGUUUGCAGCCAUUAAGGACGAGGUGCCAGCCACCAUUAUGGAUAUCCAUAUAAAGAGCGUGAAGAAGGCCUCCGCUGGCGGCAAAUUCAAUCCGAACUUUGGUUUAUCCAACAGCGGAAUUGCUGGCACUGGCAACGACAAGGAGGAUGAGGAGAGCAAGGAUGGCAGCAGCGGCGGCUCGGCCACAGCGGCCAGUGGCGCAGCCGGAGCAGCAAGUGAUGAGGAAAUGAAGGAUCUAACCAAGAAAGACGACGAUGCCAAGUCCAAAGACAAAACGAAAUCGGAUACCAAGACGAACACAAACACAGACUCUAGUUCCCCAUCAUCAUCAUCAUCGACGACAUCGACAGCCACAAGCAACACGAACACAACUACAGAUAAUAAGAAACCAAAAGAUUCGUCGGAUAAAGCCAGCAAAACAGACAAAUCAAACAAAUCCUCACCCACAGACCCAGCAACAGCAGCAGCAGCAGGAGGAGCAACAGUCGCUCCGAGUGGCAGUGGAGCAUCGGUGGACGUGGACAUCAAAACGGAGGAGAACAGUGGCGAUGGGGAGACCAAGGAUGGCAGCGAUGGCUCCAAGGAUGGCUCAAGUGGCCAAGCCAGCAACAAGGAGGGAGCCUUCAGCGAGAACAACAUGCAGACGGCAGCAGCUGCUGCACUGGCAUCGGCGGCCGUCAAGGCCAAGCAUUUGGCUGCACUCGAGGAGCGCAAGAUCAAGUCUUUGGUGGCCCUGCUGGUCGAGACGCAAAUGAAGAAGCUGGAGAUCAAGCUGAGGCACUUUGAGGAGCUGGAAGCCACCAUGGAGAGGGAGCGCGAGGGCCUGGAGUACCAGCGGCAGCAGCUGAUUACAGAGCGCCAGCAGUUCCAUUUGGAGCAGUUGAAGGCCGCCGAGUUUCGCGCACGCCAGCAAGCGCAUCAUCGUCUGCAACAGGAGUUGCAAGGCCAGGCUGCCGCUGCCGGCACCAUGAUCCUGCAACAGCAGCAGCAACAACAGCAACAGCCAACGCCGCCACCACAGCAGCCACAACAGCAGCAAGCACUGCCGCCUCAUCAGGCGCAAGUCCAGACCCAGCCGCUGGCAGCCCCAUCGGCACAGCAUCAGCCUCUGCCGCCGCAUAUAGCAGCGGUGGGUGUGGGUCCACCACCAAAUGGAGCGCCUUUCGCAGCGCCGCCCAUGGCGACGGCAGCGGCUGGUGGAGCACCUCCAACAGGAGGCGGAAUACCAGCGGUUUUGGCCACUGCCAGCGAACAAGCAGGAGCAGCAGCAGCAGCUGCAGCAGCCGCAGCCGCAGCGGCGGCGCAACCUCAGGCCCCCACAGCGAUGGAUACCACACCGCCGACAAUCAGUGCACCUGUUGCCGAGGUGCCAAGCGUACCGACUGCUGGAUCGGUGGUGCUGCCGCCUGCCGUCUCAAGCAUUCCUCCGGCCAGCGCUGUGGCUCCUGUGGCUGCACCACCAGUUGCUCCACCAUCUUAACUCCUUUUUUAAAUGAUAAGCCAACAACAAAAUUAAUUAAGUUUAAGUCGUACGCUCUCAUUAUGUAUUAUGUGUACUCCACAACCAGUCCCAACCCCGAGGGCUCUCUCUCUCUCUCUCUCUCUCUGUCUAUGCCCAAAAGUCUUCUACUGUCACCCCAGCCUCAGCCUCUCGUGCAACAAUUUCUUGUAGCCUUCGUUUCGUAUCAGUCGAGUCACAAUUAUUUGAAUCUAAGUUUCAAAAUACAAACCAACAACUUCAACAUCCAUUCAAUAAAAAUAUAUUUACGAAUAAUCGUCCGGGGAUUGGAUUGGAAUUCAAUAAAUGUA